UAUCAACUUAAAUGGCUACUACCAUGUUCAAAUAAAAUGAGAACAAUUUCAAAAACAAAGUGGAAGAAUUUAAUAAUCUUUAUAAAUAAUAUGCACUCACUUAAAGUAAACAACUAGUUUUUGAAAAGAUGAAACUCGUUUUUGUUCAAGCUGAACAACAAGUAUUGAAAACAUAUCUAUUUACAAGUUCAAAUUCAUGGAAAUUGAAUUUGGAUCAUUCACAGAAAUGCAUCAAAAAGACUUUGCUCAGUCGAUGAAGGCCAACAAACUCAUUUACGUAGAAUGCCAAAAAAAGCUCAGAGACCUCCAACUUGAUCUCGAGAAACUGCCAUUCUCAAAUUCUAACAGCAAUAGCAAAAAACUAAAUCCAUCUCCAAUCAGAGGACUCAACUCGGACUUACAGGUCUAGACCAAAUAAUUAGAUACUCUGGAUUCUCGUUUAUUGGAAGCCGAAGAUACCUAAUUAACUAUUCUAGAUAACAUAAGAAAUCAAAAGGAAAAACUGCUUAAAGCCAUAGAAGAUGUAUAUAUCAAUCUCAAUCCUUCUAGACCAAAGAAAUCCAAGUUGGAGUUUAAAUGACUCAAAGACAUGCCACUAUGGUUAAGAAUCGCCAAUCAUACAAUAAGGGAAUCCUCCUCUCCUUAAUUUGCAUAUUGACCAUAGGAAAUAUACUUAUUUUAUAUUACAAAUUCAUGAGUUGA